GCACUUCUACUUCCAGCCAGUGGGGGCGCUGCUGUAACCGAAGAAGAACCAGCAGGAACAACGGAACGAUAAACAGUUUCAACAGACUUGAGUUUUUAGUUGUUUAACUGCGCGGAAAAGCUGUCGGAAAAACCACCGCUGAAGGAUUAUAUUUAAUCACCGGAGAACGAAAAGGAUGGACUGAGUCCUGCACCAGAUCUGCUCUCUGGAAAUACUGGAUCAUUCAUCAUCAACAUGUCUGACACUGAGCUUCACCCGGACGCCAGCGAGCUUCACCCCGACGCCGCAGACGACAACAAACUGGUGAGACCAAAGCUGGAGUUUUGUUCUUUGCUGCAACACGCUGGAGCUACUAAAGAUGUCUUCACCAUGAAGGAGGUGAUGUUCUACCUGGGCCAGUACAUCAUGCAGAAGCAGCUGUACGACCAGAAGCAGCAGCACAUCGUCCACUGCUCCCAGGAUGCACUGGGGCGGGUCCUGGGCCUGGACAGCUUCUCCGUCAAGGAGCCACGAGUUCUGUUUGCGAUGAUCACGAAGAACCUGGUGGCUGUGAAGAGUCAAGAGUCGACUACGGACUCGAGGGAAAAGCAAAGCAACAGUCAGACGGACAGAGGCACAGAGGACGCAGACACAGAAAGUCGCUCGUCAUCGCCGGACAGGAGGAGACGAGGGAGGAGGAGGAGGAGGAGCCGCAGGAGCAGCAGCGAUCCAGGCCCCUCCCACAGGACGGAGGAGGACGAGGACGAGGAGGAGGAGGACGAGGAGGAGGAGGAAGGAGACGGGAGGAAGAGGCGGCGCUCCGACAGCUACUCCCUCACCUUCGACGAGAGCCUGUCGUGGUGUGUGAUUGGUGGACUCGGGAGUGGGCGGGACCGGCGCAGCAGCAGCCAAUCGUCGGACUCUCGCAGCACGUCCGGGAGGUCGGACGUCACGGUCGCCGCCUCAGACUCCGACAGCGACAACUUCAGCGUCGAGUUCGAGGUCGAGUCCGUCGACUCGGACGAUUACAACGAGGACGACGCUUCGCUCUCUGCAGACGACCAGGUUUACGAGGUGACCAUCUUUGAGGCAGACGAUGAAGACUCCUUCGAUGAGGACACAGAAAUCACUGAGGCCGAUUACUGGCGCUGUGUCAAGUGUGACGAGCUGAAUCCUCCUCUCCCCAGAAACUGUCUCCGGUGCUGGACUCUGCGACAGGAUUGGCUGCCGGAGGCGCCGCUCGACUCGGCCGCCUCCGCUCCCAAGACGCUGCCGCCGAAGCCGAGCGGCCAAUCAGACGCCAAAGAAGCAACAGGUCCCGAUGCUGAGGAGAAUGAAGGAGUCGACGUUCCAGACGGGAAAAGAGCAAAAACUCCGACGCCGCCUCCUCCUCCUCCUCUUCUCCUUCAGUCUCAGUGUCUGUCCGACUCCCAGGACGUCCUCCUCACCUCGUCCCAGCCCUCGUCGUCCUCCCUGUCCCAGGAGAAGCUGUGGACUCAGGACUCCCAGCCCUCGUCCUCCUCUUCUUCUGUCGACUCCCAGGAGCUGGUCCCGUCGUCCUCGUCGGCCGCCACGUCCUCCUCGUCCUCCUCCGUCCUCCCCGAGCUGGAGCGCAGCGUCUCGGCCGAGUGGCGUCUCCCGGACUCCUGCCUGGACCCGUGUCUCAUCUGUCAGUCCCGGCCCAAGAACGGCUGCAUCGUCCACGGCCGGACGGGACAUCUGAUGUCCUGCUACGUCUGCGCCCGGAAGCUGAAGAAGAGGAACAAGCUGUGUCCCGUCUGCCGUCUCCCCAUCCAGUCCGUCGUCCUCACCUACCUCAGCUGAGACGCCUCCUUCCCUUCUUUCUUUUUGUCUCAACCUCCUCAGCUGAACCUUUAAAACGAACCCACCAGCUUCACGUUCUCAAACGGUCGGUUCCUGCAACUGGAAGUUUCCUAGAACAGAAAAAAAAAAAAAACUCAGCGUUAAUUCAGAAUUAACUUAUUAUCAGAGUAAUUUGACUUGUUGAAGUGACUAAAAAGAUUUAAACACAUCGUUUGUACCAAAUUGCCUUUUUUUUUUCUUCCAGGAAAUUUCCUAAAACUUAAGAAAUUAAAGGAUUAGCCAGAUGUUAUAUUCUGUAUAAAAAAAAAAUAAUAAUAAAGCAUCAGAAGAUACCUUUAUUUAUUAUUAGUUGUUUAAGAUGAGCGUUUAUUUAAGAUCUUUUUUUCUAAGAUGAAUCUAUGGAGACUUCUAACGUUUCUCAAUAAAGUUUUACGUCUCAUUGUGAA